CUCUUUCCACAAAAUCUGCUGCUGGCUGUGUUCUCUAUGGAGCUUUGUUCUUAGCUGUUCUCUGACAAAGGGCUUGUUCUGUGCGGCACAUCUCGUCCUCUUUGUUCAGUCUCUGGCUUCAAGCACUGAAUCACAAAUAUUCUCCAGCUGGGAAUCAGACAAGGGCAGAAAUGAAGAACCCAGAAGCUCAACAGGAUGUUUCAGUUUCCCAGGGAAUUCGCAUGAUGUUUUACAUGAUGAAGCCCAAUGAAACAUCAUUCCAAACCCUAGAAGAAGUGCCUGAUUAUGUUAAAAAGGCAACCCCAUUUUUCAUUUCCUUGAUGCUGCUUGAACUAGUUGUCAGCUGGAUCCGCAAAGGGAAGCCACCAGGUCAUUUAGAUGAUGCAUUAACAUCAAUAUCAGCUGGUGUUCUGUCUCAGCUUCCAAGAUUACUUUCCAGAAGCAUUGAGCUGACCAGCUACAUUUAUGUCUGGCAGAACUAUAGGCUUAUCGUUUUGCCUUGGGAUUCUCCAUGGACUUGGUAUUUAACUUUUCUAGGAGUUGACCUUGGCUACUACUGGUUCCAUCGCCUGGCCCAUGAGGUUAAUAUUAUGUGGGCUGCACACCAAACACACCACAGUUCUGAAGAUUAUAAUUUAUCCACAGCACUGAGACAGUCUGUCUUCCAAAUAUAUACUUCCUGGAUAUUUUACUGCCCCUUGGCCCUCUUCAUUCCACCUUCAGUAUAUGCUGUGCAUCUUCAGUUCAAUCUGCUCUAUCAAUUUUGGAUUCACACACAGCUCAUUGAUAACCUUGGUCCUUUGGAACUGAUUCUGAAUACUCCUAGCCAUCAUAGAGUUCAUCAUGGUAGAAACCGCUAUUGCAUAGACAAAAAUUAUGGUGGCACUCUUAUUAUAUGGGAUAGGAUUUUUGGGACAUUCAAGGCAGAGAAUGAAAAAGUUGUCUAUGGUCUAACACAUCCUAUUAAUACAUUUGAACCAUUCAAGGUUCAGUUCCACCAUUUAAUUUACAUAUGGACUAAAUUCUGGGCCACACCUGGGUGUUUCAAUAAGCUUUCUGUCAUAUUUAAGGGACCAGGAUGGGGUCCAGGUAAACCAAGACUUGGAUUAAGUGAAGAAAUUCCGGAGGUCACAGGGAAUGAAGUUCCCUUUUCAUCUCCAGUGUCUCAGGUAUUGAAGAUCUAUACAGUUGUACAGUUUUCUCUGAUGCUAGCAUUUUAUGAAGAGACUUUUGCAGAUAAAACUGUUCUGUCACAGUUUAAACUCCUUUUGAGGAUUUGUUUCAUUAUCCUGACUUUAACUUCUAUUGGGUUUCUUCUGGAUGAGAGAUCUAAGGGAGCUAUUCUGGAAACAUUUCGCUGCUCACUGUUUCUAAUGCUGUCUAGAUUUGGUCACCUGAAGCCAUUCCUUCCUUCCUUCUCAUUUUCCUUGGAGAUUUUUUUUUCCAUCUGCAUUGCUUUCUGGGGAAUGAAAACCAUGAAGUUACUUGUCUCUAAACAUUGGAGAUAGCUUAUUUACACAUAAUUCUGCUGUUUUAUUCAUCUAUACACAACUACAAUCUAUUAUUGCUGCCUAAGGAACCAUUAUGUCUUGUAAAAUGAUUACAUGAACUGCUUUUAAAAUUAAAGGUAUUUACAUGCAUUUGUUUGUUUCUAUAUUCAGUUUGUCUAUUAAAAUUAAAGUCAACUAUGCCUAAAGUUUUUAAUUUAUUUUUAUUUGUUAAGACUGGAGGAAAAUAUGGUUUCAAAUAUAAUCAUAUAUCUUUCCACUGCUAACAUCUAAGUCAGUGAGAAUAAGAAGAGGAAGGAAGAAAACUUAGAAAUGGUGAAAAUAAUGAUUUUACUUGUGAUGAGUUGACAACAUUUCCCAUGCUGUUUGACAGGAUUGUGCUUAAAUAUACAGUUGUCAUCAUAAAAAAAUUGCCUUGUCUGUCAAAGACUACAUUUAUCUUUGAAAACCACAUCACCUCAGGGACUACAUUACAGAAAAAAAAUUGUUACAAAAUGUACAUGAAUAAUAUUUGUUAUAAUUAUUCAGAAGACUACUUUGUAUCACUUAUGCCUAACAUGCCUAAUAUCUUUGGUAAACUUCUUUUUAGAGGUGGAAAAUUUAAGAGCAUGCAAUUAAUUCUGCUACUUUAAAUUGACAUAAUACUGCUAAUAAAAACUUUUUAAACAAAA